UCCACCCAAACACAAACACAUAGUGAACAAAACAACACCCCAUCGCCAUUUUUAAAAUUUUUUACACCAUCGAUUCUUCGAUUCUCGACGAAUUUACUGGCAGUAUAAUUUAAAAUUUAAUUAAUUAAUUUCAAUUUUGAAAAGAAAGAAAGAGAAUAAUUGAAUUCUCCACCAACUUGGUUCUUCUUGGUAAGCUCCUAGAAAGCAAACAGUUACUCCCUUUCUCUCUCUCUCUCUCUCUCUCUCUCGAUCGACGGAUUUUCCGAAGCUUUCCAUCAAAAUUCUUCUACAAAGUAAAAUCUCACCAUCCAAACAGAACCCAAAAACUGGCUCAUCCUCUCUCCCUCUGUCUCUCUCCACUCCCCCUUUGAUUCGGUAAUUCAGAAUGCAGGCGUCAACGCAUUUAAUCAGAGGAAAUUUAGGCUUUGAACUUUCAAAACGUAGAGUUUUACCUUGUUUUGGUGAAGUUAGGGAACGGAAUUUAUCUUUGAAUCGAAAUCUUUGCAUCCAAAGUGGUUCCAUUUGCAGCGGCUUAAGCUCCGGUGCCGUUUCAAUGGGAGCUGAGCUUGCACGUGCCAGGAAUGUUAUUCAAACUGUCGUUCGCUCUUCGGUCAAAUCUCGAUCGGUCAAGGCUCAAGCUUCUGGUGGAGAUGCUGAGGAUUUGACACCAAUCAACCCUCAGGGGAAAUCUUCUGGGACUGUUCUGCCAUUUGUCGGUGUUGCUUGCUUGGGAGCUAUAUUAUUUGGUUACCAUCUAGGGGUAGUAAAUGGCGCACUUGAGUAUCUAUCUAAGGAUCUGGGAAUUGCUGAGAAUACUGUCCUGCAAGGAUGGGUUGUCAGCACACUCCUUGCUGGUGCCACUGUUGGUUCAUUUACCGGGGGAGCACUGGCAGACAAGUUUGGCAGGACAAAGACUUUUCAAUUAGAUGCUAUCCCACUUAUCAUUGGAGCAGUUCUCACUGCUACAGCCCAGACUGUCCAGACUAUGAUAAUUGGCCGCUUACUGGCCGGUAUUGGUAUUGGUAUAUCGUCUGCUAUUGUUCCACUUUACAUAUCUGAGAUCUCACCAACUGAAAUCCGUGGUGCACUUGGAUCUGUAAACCAACUUUUUAUAUGUAUUGGGAUUCUAGCGGCAUUGGUAGCUGGAUUACCUUUAGCGGGCAACCCACUAUGGUGGAGGACAAUGUUUGGUGUUGCUGCUGUCCCUUCUAUUUUAUUGGCGCUAGGUAUGGCAUUUUCCCCAGAAAGUCCUCGGUGGCUGUUUCAGCAAGGGAAAAUUCCUGAAGCUGAAAAAUCUAUAAGAACACUAUAUGGAAAGGAAAGAGUUGCUGAGGUCAUGUACGAGUUAAGAACUGCAGGUCAGGGUUCUACAGAACAAGAAGCAGGAUGGUUUGACCUAUUUAGCAGCCGUUACUGGAAAGUUGUGAGUGUUGGUGCUGCACUUUUCUUAUUCCAACAGUUAGGUGGGAUAAAUGCCGUGGUAUAUUAUUCAACUGCUGUGUUUCGUAGUGCUGGAAUUGCUUCUGAUGUUGCCGCAAGUGCUCUUGUUGGUGCAUCAAAUGUCUUUGGCACAGCUAUUGCAUCCUCUUUGAUGGACAGACAAGGAAGGAAAAGUCUUCUAAUCACAAGCUUUGCUGGAAUGGCUGCUUCAAUGUUGCUGCUUUCUUUGUCAUUCACUUGGAAAGUCCUGGCUCCCUAUUCUGGCACAUUAGCCGUCAUUGGGACUGUUCUCUAUGUCUUAUCGUUUUCACUUGGUGCUGGUCCUGUGCCUGCUCUUCUUCUGCCCGAAAUAUUUGCUUCCAGAAUCAGAGCAAAAGCAGUAGCUUUAUCACUUGGCAUGCAUUGGAUCUCAAACUUUGUCAUUGGCUUGUAUUUCUUGAGUGUUGUGAACAAGUUUGGGAUCAGCUCAGUGUAUUUGGGAUUUGCUGGUGUCUGUCUUCUUGCUGUCUUGUACAUAGCCAGUAAUGUUGUGGAAACGAAGGGGCGUUCCUUGGAAGAAAUCGAGCUUGCUCUUAACCCGACAACUUGAUUUGGAUGAUCCCCAAAGGCAAGCAAUAAUAAUCUUUAUGAAUCUUGUUAAUGUUCAUCUCAUGAUGCAUCCAAUCAUGGAGCACUCCAUUAGUUUGUUAAGACUAUUUUGCGUCUCUCAGUUUUGUUGAAGUGUCCGUGUUUGUAUAAAAUCUGGAGUUUUGGCAUUUGUAGGAACUGAAUAAGAUUUUGCAACUGGAUUUUUUACAGUUUGAUCUCUCGGUUAUCAUGCUUGUGAUAUUUAAAAGAAAUCUCCAACUUUUCCAUCCCUCUUUUAAUCUCAAAUCGUUCCCCUUUUUCCCCCAAA